AUGUCCUUUUACAUAUUAUAUUUGUGUCCUUUUUACAGGACGUCCCAUGCCCGGGCCAAAGCAGAGGCUGCAGACCAGGCUGCCCAGUCAGCCAGUCAGGACUCUGACAUUGCCAGGGCUGUGGCCAGAGAGCUCUCCCCGGGCUUCCACCAGCCAGGCCCGGACUACAUACGGCAGAAGUAUAAUGAGCCAGUAGAGGUGAAGGAGAUUCCUGUGGAGGAGAAAAAGGAGAAAUCUCCAUCAGGGAGCCCUCAUUUCUACCGGAAAGGCACAACACCCGACCCGUCUCCAUCUCCCAGCCCCACUGCUUCACCCACUGUUGUUAAAAAUACCUUGUUUAGCAGUAAGGCUACCGCCGCCGUCGCUCCAACGAAGCAUGCUGGGAAAGAGAACAAAACCCCGGCGGCUGAGUCUUUGACAGCAGGCAUAACAAAAGCAGCAUCAAAACUUUCUCUCAGACAGGAAGUGAGGCUGCAGGAGGCUCCUCCAGCGGUCAAACCAGCUGUUACCACAACAAUGAGCAGUUACCCCAGCAAUGGGCAGAUUCACUCCCAGUACCACGGUUACUAUGUCAAGGCAGACGUCAAGAUCCCGCCACCCGAGGAUCCGAUUGGUGUGGAGGAUGACUUUCACCCAUCAAGCCUGGCGCGCUUGCCGCCACCUGCCAAACAGAUUUGGGCACCCGGACCAAAGUCCCUGCCAGCCGCCAGCCCUUCACAAGAGGCCACCAAAGCGCCAGAGCCUGCCAAGCCAAAAAGACAGGAAUCAACCAAACCAAAGAGCCUUGCAGAAACCAAGAAAGCUAGUAUGGAUAUAGCUCCGGAAAUUGUAGUGGAGGAGUCGGGCCCGAACUCUAUCUUGGUGGCUCUAGUGAUGCUGUUGAACGUAGGUCUAGCAAUCAUUUUUGUCCAUUUCCUUACCUGACCAAAUCUGAACUCAGUGGACUCAUCCAAACUAGUCGCCCAAGUCACUAACUCUCCAUCAGCCAAAGGGGCCUUUUAAGAAAAUGGUGCCCCUCAGAAUGGCGGACAUGGGCAAAACGGAGGACUGAAAAUAGCCAAGUGAAGGUGGA